AUGUUGAAUGAACGAAAGCUGCACGCUUACUUGCUAUUGUCCAUAGUUGCCACUAAUUGCCUACUCCUCACUUACGCUUACCCUCAAAAUGAAGUUUACCAGCGUCAGCGUUUGCAGCAAGUACAACAGUCACAGCAGCAGCAAUCGCCCGUUUAUCGACCGGCGGAAGAGUUCUCUGGCCGCAAGUAUGCCGUGAAACCGAACGCUUCGAAGAAAGUGGCGCUGGACGAUGUGGAGGAUGAAGGCGACGUAGUCAAUCAGAUAANUGGACCAGCAAACGCGCCCACCAAAUCGGACGAUGUGGAUAACUCAGUCGGUUUCGGCGGAUCACCCUGGGCCAAUGUAAUUUCGAUGGGCUUAAAGAUCAUCAACACACUGCUGGGUGGUGGCGCUCCCAGCGACGGUAUCGAUAAGGUAGACAAUGGUGGCUCACCAAUGCAG